GAAGAAAACAGAAAUGAUGAUUUUGAAGGUGACUAUGUAGUAAAAAUGGAAGAUGUGGAGCCUUCAGUCUCUCCAUUUUCUUCUACAAUGAUAUGGCAUCCAUCUCAUCAUCAUGGAAGAGGACAGACCUACAAGGAGGAGGGAGACAAAGAGAAGGAAGAGGGAGAGGAGCAAGAUGAUGAAGACAGUGGACAAGAAGGAGGCAAUGGGAGUGAGUCAGACGAUGAUUUGUAUGUUGUUAUCCCUCAGAGCAAUGAGGAAGGGAAUUCGAAAGACCCCUUGUGCUCUGACAGACCUCCAUCCCCCCCUCCUCGAGCUGUGGUUUCUCUCACUGGACUGAAAAAGCCGCAUUGCUUGUUACCAGGGAAAAUACCAGAAGGACAAAGUGAAGGAAGACAGAGCUGGUGUGAACUUGGAGCUAAAAAGGAGGCAGAAGGUGAUCCAAGAAGGGAGAAGGAGAAGAAAGAGGAGGAGGAAGAGGAGGAAGAAGACCCUUAUACCUCUGCAGAAAUCGAUGAGAAUGAAUAUGACAUAAUCUUGGCCAAUGGGAGUAUAAAGAAGAAGAUAGGGAACAGGUCUUUUAUUAUCAACAGACCUCCAGCCCCAGCCCCAAGACCAAAAAGUGUUCCCAUUAGAGAAGAGACCACACCUUAUAUAGCUCAAGUGUUUCAACAGAAGACCACCAGACCUCUGCAUGAUGGUGACAAGCUCCAGGCUCCUGCCAAAAAGCCAGAUAGAAUCCGAGUGGACAAUCAACCCUGCUCUGCCCUGAAAUGCUGUAUACCUUCCGGCCAAGAGGAACUCAUCCUUUUGCAAGAAAAAGUAAAAAAUGGAGAAAUCUCUGUGGAUGAAGCCCUGAUGAAAUUCAAACAGUGGCAAAAUGAGAAGAGCGGACUUGAAGUUAUUCAACAGGAAAAGUUACGUCAGCUCCGAGACUGCAUUAUUGGGAAAAGACCAGAAGAAGAAAACUUUUACGAUAAAAUCACCAUUGUUCACCAUCCAGAUUUUAAAGAAACUUCUCAAAAUGAAAAUGUUUUGUUUGGAACACCAGUUACCAGUAAGGUUCCCCCUCGGCCCCAGAUAGAUAAGGAGUACGGUUUCUGUUGGAGAAAAGAUAAUUAAGAAAGUAAAAGUCUCAACAACAUUUUAAAGAUCGCUUUAAAAACCAAGAAGGCACAAGUCUAUGUAACCAUGGCUCUGUCAAAAUGGUCAACCAAGUACAUUUGGCACUUUCAAAUAUUUCAUUGGCUUUUCCUAUAGGAAUGAACAUUUGUAACUUGACUGUUCUCCAUGAUUGAUUCUUUGAAAGAUUUGUCUAUAGAACUGUCACUGAGUAUUAGAUGAAACAUUUCCAUUGCUAAUCCAUUAUUGAAUAGUACAUUAGCCUGUAAUCUUAUUUUCAAAAUAUUCUAAUGGGUCCCAAGGAUCUUUAAAUGGAGCAAGUCUUUGUUUAGAUUAUUGGAUUUUUCAAAGGCAAAUUUAUAUAAUAGGAAAAGAAGUCUCUCCCUCUCGGAUUGCCCAUGAAUUUAACAAUUGUUACUAUCCCCACUAAGGAGUGGAAAAAUGAACAUUUUGGUCAUUAAGAUAAAAUGAUGAUAGUAAUAACAACAGGGAGGAUUUAUAUAAUGUUUUAGGGUUUGAAACAUGCUUUAAAAAUCUUGUUUUAUCUUAUCCUCACAACAACCUUGGGAAGUAAAUGUUAGUAUUAACCCCAUUUUUAUAAUGAGGAAACUGAUACAGAGGCUAAAUGAGGUCCCCACAAUCACACAGCUAACAAAUAUCUGAGACUGGAUUUGAAUUCAAAUCUUGCUGUCUUGAGGUCUAGUACUCUCUCUACUAUGUCACUUACUGAUUCAAAAUAUGACAGUUGCAUAAUCUCGGUCUUGGGAAAUGCCUUGUAUCUUACAUAAUGUAAUUACAUUACAUACACAUGCCAUUAGAGAACCUAUCUCCCAUUUUCACAAAUGGGCAAAGAAAUUUUAACAAUGUCAAGGUUAUGAAUCUAUGUCCCUUAUGCUAAUAAACAAAAUACUUCACUCCUUACAUCCUGGGGAAAAAAAGAAGGAAGCAUGGGGGUUCAAUUGAACAACUUCAAUUUUUAUUAGGAUUUAUUCUGAGUACAAUAAUGUGCUCAUAUCUGAAAGAUUUCCUAACUCAUCAAACCAGUGACCAGUUGGGAUUUCAGAAGUUUUCCAGCCAUCUCCUGAUAGAGAAGUGAUGGACCAGUGUUAUAGAAUAAGACACAUCUCCAAGCCUGGCCAAAAUGUGGAUUUAUUUCUCUUGACUACCCAUUUGGAUAUAAGGCAAGGCUUCAGUUGGGGAUACAGUGAGAAAGUUAGUGGGUAGUAAUAUAAAUCAAGGCCAAAAAAAUCAAUAAACAUUUUUAAAUACCGAGAAGAAAGCCAAAAAGAAGAGCAAAAGAGAAGACCAAUAUCCUGUUAAAUUUAUCAUGUAUUUUAAAAACUAUAUGUAAAAGAAGUUCAGAGUAUCUUAUAAAAUACUGUUAUUUGGAUACUGAAAUAUUUGUAUUUACUGGUGAUUCUUUUAUUCAUUUUUUUAAUCUUGAGUUUAUAGAUACAUUUUCUAAAUUCAUCAGGUUUAAAUGUAAGUCCAUUACAUUCAUGGGCUAUUUGUAGACAAUUGCUAUCAUCUUUUUUACACAUAAACAUAUGGCCAUGAAGACAAAUAAACUUUCUUCUCUCUUUGUUCAAUGUAAAUAACUCCUUUAGUUUAUGACUGGUAUCUUCCAUUGAAUGGACCUGCCAUCUUAUCUCAUAUCUAAAUGGUAACUUAAUAACUCACAACAGAAUCUGUUGCUCUCAUUUUAAACAUGUCUGUUCAUUUGAUAUAAAUAAAUUGAAUAUUUAAAAUCAUUUCUGAUUUGUGAAAAUAAAUAUAUUCUAUUUUGGGAUA